AUGGGCUUCAUAUCAAGCCUCCUCAACUUCUACACCAGCUACCUCGACCUCGUCAGCACAGCCUACGAAGUCUCCCCAUCAUUGCAAAAGGAGCGCAAGAACAGGCGCAAGAGCAAGCGCAAGAUCGACAAAAAGUGCCAUCUCGGCACUUGCAUUCAGCAUCAAGACGAGAAGAAGUGUUCUCCCGAGCACAAUUGUGCGCCGCCGACUGCGGCUGCGCCAGAUUGGAUCUGUCCUGGAGCGUAUUAUGCGCAGCGGGCACGGCUCGUGAGGUACCAUCGAGUGAGAAGGACGAAUAGGACGACGACGGGGGCUUUGGUGAGCCGAGGCCUGGGAGGGUGUUGUUAA